AAUCUCUCUCUCUCUCUCACAGACACACACAUUUAGGAGGUAUAUAGUUUGGAAAGAUGUCAAGGCCAUUGGUACCAUUAACUGUUGGGAGAGUUGUAGGUGAAGUAGUGGAUAGUUUCACACCUAGUGUGAAAAUGAAUGUUACCUAUAACUCCAGCAAGCAAGUCUGUAAUGGUCAUGAGUUUAUGCCUUCUGCCAUUACUACAAGACCUCGAGUUGAGAUAGGUGGUGUGGACAUGAGGACUUUCUACACUCUUAUCAUGACAGACCCAGAUGCUCCAGGCCCUAGUGAUCCAUACCUAAGAGAGCAUCUUCACUGGAUUGUUACAGAUAUUCCUGGUACCACCUAUGCUUCAUUUGGUAAAGAAAUAAUGGAGUAUGAGAUUCCAAAGCCGAUGAUUGGUAUCCAUAGGUAUGUAUUCAUUUUGUUUAAACAGAAAGGAAGACAAACAGUUGAAGCACCUCCUUCAAGAGAUCGUUUCAAUACAAGAGAGUUCUCUGAAGCUAAUGGUUUAGGCCUUCCAGUUGCUGCAGUUUACUUCAAUGCACAGAGAGAAACAGCAGCAAGAAGAAGAUGAUGU